AAUUGGCCCAUCAAGGAGCGGUAAUUUGGAUGGUGACGGAGUCACAGUCCUUGUGGGUGGGCAUUCAAUUGCGAUCGUGGUUCUGGGAGUGCGGCAUCGCAAGGUCAGCGUGAAGAGGGGCUUGGCACAGAUCCGUCUAGCGACGGCGUGCAAAAACAAUAUUAAGGUGAGAAGGAAUGCCGUUGAUACCGUCGAGGCAGAGAACUGGCACACCAUGCAAGUGCUGAAAAGAAAGGUGGACCAGAGUUUCCUGGAGGAGAUCGGCAUGCCCGUGACACGCGCCGCAAAGAAGACGACAUGUGAAGAUACCACCAUUAAGGAGGGCCAGCUGUCAGGCCAGAUCGAAACAUAUGUCAGCAGCAGCUGUGGCAGUCCCAAGGGCACCUGCUCCCCAGCCAGGCCCAGCUACGACCUCUCUGUGGACGGCAGGACCGCGUCAUUGAGCGAUUCAGCACAUAAUCAGCCCACAGACAACAGCGUCCAUGCCAAUGGGUGCAAAACUACAGAGGGGGCUUCCCCAACUGCCCAGCCAUCUGCAGCGCAGCAAGCGCAGCAGGCUUCCCUGCCAGCGCCAGGGCUGCGCCCAAUCAUCACCAGGAGUGCUUCAAGUGGCAGCCACGGCCUAGACAGCCCUCGUAGCUACUCAAGGCAGUCCCCCAAGGCCCCCUACCUGCCACCACCGCUGGCCAUCGAGUCUCCCCGGCGCCGCACCCGCUCACAGGAGGCCGUGCUGCCCUGCUCAAUGCAGGCGUCGCCUACAGCCGCUCAGACAGAGGAAGCAGUCUUGGAGAGGCAGGCGUCUGGACUCAGCAUAGGGGAAGACAUGGGCGGUGCAUCUUCCAGCCAGGCAGCCGCAAAGGGGUCUGCGCAGAAGCAAGCACGUGCAACAGCAAAGCAGAAGACCACGCCGCGCAGCUGCCUUAGGAGGAGGCACCAGCAGAAACCUGAUGGCACGUCGGACUUUACACCUGUAGGACGAAGCAGCGGCCUUGCUGCGCCUGCCGCUGCACCGGUCGCGGCGAGCGUUCCCGGCCCUGGCUCUCCGCGGAGGUCUCCCAGACGAAGGGUGCGUUUCGCGCCCGGACCCCUGGAACAGCACUAUGAGACCCCUGACGGCCACCCAGACCACGAGGGCGAGACUGCACGCCAGCGACGUGCCCUGCAGGUGUCCUACCCGGUGGAUCUGACGCCCAGCAGCAUAAAGAUGCUGGAGGUGGAGCUGGGAGAGAGCUACCGGCCCUCCAUAGACCGCCUCAAGCGCAGGGUGGGCCUGCUGCCGCGCAUACCGCGGCCGAGGCGGCAUGUGACGGCGCAGAAAAUUGCCGCGGCUAAGCCGGCCGCCCUGCCUGCGCUGCGCACGCUGCGCGUGCUGCGGCCGCGUCCGGCAAUUGCGCAAGACGGCAGUGACAGCGACGAGGACGGCCUGGACUCUCCCACCAGCUCUUCCAGCACCAUCUCUGACGACUGGGCGGAGUACCUGUUCGGAGCACCGCUGCGCCGCAGCACGCGGAGCACGGCGAGCACGGUGGGGUCCCCCACGGCGCCACCGCCCACCACCGCAGAGUCCCCCCGGGCCGAGUGGUCCGCCAGCUCCGGCGGCGUCCGCCACGGAGCAGCGCGCAGCGUCGCCGCCUGCAGCCGGAAGUUCGCUUCGAGUGCCAGCCGUCAGCCGGAUGGUCAUAGCGCGCAGCCAGGUUCGCCAAAGUCGCCUCAAGCCUCCCAAAAACAGAGCCAGGCACAGAGCGGCCCUCCCCUGCACAGCCAGCCGUCUCCGCAGAAGCGCCGCGCUCCCUGCAGCGAAGCAGCGGACGGCAGUGCAUCUGACCUCCAUCCAAGGUCCCCCCGCCGCCAGAGGCCACUGUCAAGCGCACCCUCAGCCCAGCCAGCCAGCUCACGCCAACUCAGCUUAUUUGAGCUGCCACGCCACUCGUCAGCGGUGCUUGCAGCGCAUGGGGAGGGCGAAACGCUGACCCGCCGAGGGACGCUGCGCAGCGCCUGCCUCAGCAGUGCACCGGCCUCGGGGCCGCCGCACGCGCCUGCAGACACGCCCAUGCCCCCUGCCCAGUCAGGAGCCGAGCAGCGGCCGGCGUCUCCGGUGCGCGCACUGCCGCCGCUGGCCGCGUGGCUCCGGCCGGGGCCGCAGCCGGCGCUGCAACUGUUCUGCAGUCCGCCCUCCGGCGCCACCGCAGCCGACCCCGGUGGCCCCAAUCCCUUCUCUCGCAGCGAAGACAAACGGGAUCUGGGCAUGACACGGGCGCGUCCAAGGAAGUCAACCGGCGGGCACUGGCCUCGACCAAGUGGUAGUGCCCCCGCCAGUGCCACUGAAAAGCUUAGCGGUGGCGCGGGGCACCCGCCUGGCAGCCAGCAGCGGGGUUAUCUGGCUGGUGAGGAGGGCACGCCGCGCGCCGGGGCCGGCGGGAGGGAGCGCCGCGCGAUUGGUUCCCUGUACGAUCCUUUGGUGCCGAAGUUUCACCCCGGCCUGCGGCGAUCCAGCGGCGGUUGCUGGCCGCCUAGGAAUGCCCCCGCGCUGCCGUCGCACCAAUGACUCAUUCCACAGUGAGUCAUUGGGUAAGGUCGGUCGGUGUGCAUCGGCGAUGUGAGGCUUCCUAGCAAGGGUGACUUGGGUGUGUGCGAGGGGGGAUGUAGAUGUGUCCAUUGGACCCAGGUGCAGAUGCCCCAGUCUGCUUGCUAAGGAAAGGCAGGGCAUACUU